AAAAAAAGAAAAAAAAAAAAGGCUUCUUUCUGUUUAUUAUUUGAUAAUCUUUGCAACAUAUAGCAAACCAUCAGAAAAUUAGUUCCUAUAUGUCAUUGGUAUGGAGCAUAAUGUUAGCUGUUUUUGUGGUACAGAAGCUUCAAUUCAAUUGUUGCAUUUGUAUUUAAUGGUGCCUUGUGAGAUUUCUGGAAAUAUAGAAAUGUAAAAUUCCAACACCUAUUUCCUUUUCCAACAUCAACCAAUGGUUGCAGCGAAUGUGUAAUUUUGGUUAGUUGGUCUUCAUUGCUUCCAUUCAAUUUUUCCCUCUUUGGGAUCAAAGUCAAUAAAACAAUUGAACCUGUUGGUAAUUGCUAAUAUAAGUUUCCAUUCUUCUUCCAUAAAUCAGUGCGUUGCCCACUUGCUUGUAUUAUCAUCUUUUGCCCUGGUUACAUAAACACUGAAGUGGUUUGGUACACAACCAGCACCUGACCAGUGUAAUCAGCGCUCAUGUCCUACUGUGCUUUAUCUUCAUUUGUUACAUUACAACUUGCAAAACUUUAACUUGUUACAUUAAUUUAUCAUCAUUGCCAAAUUUGACAUUGGAUGUUUGGACCUGACAUGGUUGUUGAGAUAGGAGGGUCAUUUAUCUCCUAAAGUGGGACUAAUGUGUUGUAAUUGGAGAGAACAUAUGGAAAAGGGAAUGCUAAAAUUCAUGGUGAACUUCUGGAACUUUACAUUGAAUUCAUCAACAUUUCUUACCAUGGUUGGAGGAUAAAAUGCUGAUUAUGAAAUCCAGUCCUAGUUUGGGUUCAGCAUAUAUGGUUAUGCUUACUUUAUAAUCUUUAUAUCAUGAGAUUAAGUGAUCAAAGGCUUUCCUUUUGGAGGCUGGAGACUUUUUUUGCUUCUAACGUUCUAUAGGUCUAUCCGCUUUUAUCAGUGAAUGAGCUAAAAUGUCUAAUAAUAAACUGACCUGCUGUGUUCCGCUGGUUUUAUCAAUAACCGUAAGGAAGCUAAAUGUAACAAUAUAGAAGCAGGUGAAACAACAAUGGCUACUUUUGUUGCUUGGAAAUAUAUAUCUGCAUAAAAUCUAUUAAUAAUAGCUACCUUUUGUUGUUUGGAAUAUAUAUAUAUAUAUAUAUAUAUAUAUAUAUAUAUAUACUAGUAACUGUAUUCUUAAAACAAUUAGUUAUUGAUUGAAUUCAAGUAUAUAGGUAAUUCUUUAAGAUUAUAAUAUAUGGAGCUUGGAGCACAUAGCAGUAAGAAAUUGUUAGCUUGCUGAAUGUGUAUUAGAGAAAAGGAUGCAUGGCAUCAGAUUAUUACCAUCUGGCAAUUGGCUGCAGGGAGGGAAGAAAAGGGCAAUAAAAUUUUGCAAGAGAAAUAGAGAUACUGAAGAUGAACCAAAAUUACCAAGGGAGCAACCCUGAUGGUUCGGCAGAUGUCCCUGUGAAGCGCAAAAGAGGUCGCCCGCGUAAGUAUCCCAAACUAGAUCUUGAGGAGAAAGCUCGUAUCCCAAAGGAUCAGAAUUUAAACCGUAGGGAGAGUCAUCGUGUCCCUCCAGGAUUUGAAGGGGCCAAUGGAAAUCAGCCCCGUCAAGUUGAUUCAAUUGAUAAUGCAAAUGAUGGCAUGGCGGGCCAGGUUGUUUCUGGUGUCAUUGAAGCAGCAUUUGACGCAGGAUAUUUGCUGAGUGUUAGAGUUGGCAACUCUGACACCACUUUGAGGGGUGUUGUCUUCAAGCCUGGACAUUACGUCCCUGUUUCAGCUGAGAAUGAUAUAGCCCCUGAAAUGCAAAUGAUCAGGCGAAAUGAGGUUCCCUUCUCAGCAGAAAAUUAUACCCAGGGGCAUGGCUAUAACCCUCGAUCCAGAGAGAGGGAGCAGAAUUUUAAUUCCCAUAGGAAUGGAACUCACUCAUUGAAUGAAGUACCGAUCGUCAACCAGUGUGUACCUAAGUCUGCUAACCUUGUGGCUUCGAAAGGCAAACAGGUGCCUUCCGUUGCGGCUCAAACCGCUCGCCCUGUAAUCCCGAAGGGCAAUGUAGUGCCUGUUGUACUCAAACCUGUUAAUGGGAUAGCACUUGCCAACCAACCAUCUCCAUAUGCUAUCCAAGCUGCUCAUUUGGUAGCCUCGAAAAGCAACAAGGUUGUUAGAGGUGCUCAAUCAUCAGAUGGUUCAAUAGUCAACAACCAGGUGCCAGCAGUCGAAAACCAAGCACCUCCUCCUCAACCUCAAGCCAGCCACCAGUUUACAGCAAAAGACUCGCAAAGUGAUAAUGUUCCUUUCACUCGACCACCAGAAGAGGUCAGCAAGAAAAUUCAAGCUCCUUCAGAUUCAGCAAAGACAGGAAUAGACGGUAGCACAUUAGCCGGUAAAACGUCAGUCAAAGGUUCUGGCCAUAGGCUGGUAGAUGGAGUUGAUGAUAUAGAUCAGCCCCUCUUAAUUGAGCCCCUGCAGUCUGUACAGCCUGAUCUGCGUACCCAACCCGACCCUGCUGCAAAACCUUUUGAGAAUAAUAUAACUGGAAAAAUGACGGAGCUGUUGCAGCGCUUCGAAAAGGUUUUGCAGGAAAGCACAAUGGAGAACCAGGUGCCUCAGGCUGAAGAGUCAGCAACAGCUUCUGUGCUGAAGUUAGAAGAGCCCAGAAACUGAUCUUGGAGAUACAGAAACUGGUCAUCCAGAGAGACAAUCCUAAGCAUCAAGUGUCUGAUAAAUAGAACCCGCUUUGGCCUGGUAUUUUUUUACCUGCAAUUGACAUAAGUCCCAGAACUGGCCGGAAUCAGUCAAUCCUGGAGAGGUAGGAGGCUGCGGAGGAUCCAUAUUUGGUUAAACCUUCAGGAUCUGACCUUGUUACUUAGACUUUAUGCCUUUUGUCAGUUUGUAGUUUUAAAGUCCUCCUAGCUUAUAGUGUUUAUAAUUUAUUCAGAUUGGAGGAGUAGCUUGAUGUUGGAUACCUGUACUGCUUAUAUGCUUACAUCAGUUUUGUUCAAGUA